AUGCCCUCCCUGUUUGAGUGUAUUACCGAGAGCUUGGUCAGAGAGCUUGGAGACAAAGACCUGAGGCCCGUGAGAUGCCUGCUGAGCACCAGCAAAUUCCGUCUGCUGUCAGUAUUACAGAAGAGGAAGAGCUGCUCACGGUUCUGGGAACCACCCGACGUUCCAGCUGAAUACACCCUCAUGGACCUCCUGGAGCCAGGUGCUUCAGUCCCAGAAACUGCUGUCACAGGACCAUUUCACUUCAGUAACGCUGUGGUCCAGCAGCAAAAGGCUUCUGCCGAUGUGACCGCUGUGCUAGAAAUGAAUGUGUCAGGGGAAGCUACUGAGUGCCAUGGAUCCUCUCUCCAGUUUCAGGUCGUUACUAUCCUGCCCCAUAACUGGAAAGACCUUCAAAAGAGGAAAGUGUUGGAUCCAGAGCUGUUAUUUCUGGUGAAGUGCCGGGACAGAGGGCACAAUCUCUAUGUGGUGACAGAGACCCUGGAGCUGACCCACAGUACUGUGCUGCAUGACAUUGGAAGUGUGACUGCUAGGGGAAACUGCUUAAUCCCUUGGACUCCUCUGGUCAAGGGUCAAGGCCAGGGAGAGGGUCACAGAGUGAAGAUGUUGACUCUGCCACAGGGCACGGUGAUGGCCUACAAGAGGAAACAGCUGGUUUUUAAGGAGAAUGAUAUUCUCAUCACAGAUUACGACAAGGAGAAAACCUUUCCAAGAGAUGCCUGGGUGGAUAGGCCAAGGGAAGAGUUCAUGAAUUUUCUACCAUCAUCACUAUUAGAUUUCGAGCACCUACAUGAGGAGAUUUUCCAGGAAGUGGAGGCCCUGGCCCAGCUCUCAAAGGACGCUCAGGAUGCCAUAUUCCAUAAUAUCCUGAACAUGCUUGGGAACCAAGAGGCUUUGCAGGACCUCAUGGACGAGCUGGAUGGGAACCCCUGGGAUUCUCUGGAUGGCUUUGGUGGCAAAAUCCUAAAUGAGAUGCAAGAGGACAUAAGAGACGUAUGGAUCCAGGAAAGAUUCCACAUGAUUUAUCUCCUUGAAGCCAUAAUGGUGCUGAGUAACACCCAACACGAUCUGCUGACACAGUCCAUGAAGAAGAGGACCCUCCUCCAGCAGCGGGAGCUGGUAAAGAGCAUCCUGGAGCCCAAUUUCAAAUGCUCCGGGAACAUCCCCUUCACCCUCAAACCCGAGCUCCUUGCCCCACUCCAGGAUGAGGAUUUGGCCAUCACCUAUGGCCUGCUGCAGGAGUGUGGCCUGAAUAUGGAGCUGAAUAGUCCCAGGUUAACCUGGGAUCUGGAAGCCAAGCAGCCCCUGUCCGCCCUGUAUGGGACCCUCUCUGUGCUGCAGCAGCUGGCACCCCGGUUCCUGCGGCAGCCGGUCUCUAACAGAUGA